UCGUAUAGCAUAAUCCAGGAAGCUCACAUUCGAUUCUAGUCGCAAAUCGAGGCUGCUAUAUUCGUGCGGUGCCGAGGAACGCAACCCUCAAUCAUGGCGGGCGAGAACCGUGGAUUCGUGUUGAACGGCCAGAGGGUCGUCCUCGACCUCGACUUUGCAGGUAGCGUCAGGGCCACAGCAUACCUCACCAUCAAGCCUACCAACGUCCGCCUCUCCACCGUCUUCCUGCACGCUGCUCCUUGCUUGCGGAUAACCUCGGUGCACCUGUCUGGACCGAACAUCGAUGAUCCUCUUCCUCCCCUUCCGGCGUCGUUCAGUCACCAUAACCCUCUUCUCGGUUUGAGAGAUGCAGGAGAAGGAGCUUCUUUCAACCCAACUCAACCUGAUGCUAUACAAAGGCAUCCGGAGAUCAAGAGAAAGUUAUGGGCAGCGAUGGCGGAGAAGGACGAAGGAGAGCUAGCUAUCGAUGUUUCCCACGGCUGGGUCAGGAUCGCUCAGACGAAAGAAGGUGGACAGGCAGCUCAAGCUGGAUUGGCAGAGAUCUUGAUUGCUAUCGAUUACGAGAUCUGUAUGUCGGACGUUGAUACCGAGGGAAUCGUCUGGCGAAGACCAGGCGAUGCGGGGAACGAUUUCCGGAUACCUCACAUGUUCAUCAAUUCUUCGUCAUACGAUGCCGCUCGACAUUGGGUACCAUGCUUGGACAACCUCUGGGACCGAUGUCCUUGGGAACUCGAGAUCAGCGUUCCUCGAUACUUGAAGCAAGAAACGGAUCAGGUGAACGCGGAGCCGGGACUAGAAGGUGGCGAGCCAGAGGAAGGAGAGCUCGUGAGGGUUAUCGCAUCGGCAGAGUUGGAAGAACAGGUUACCCAUCCAGACGAUCCGAGCAAAACGCUCUUUUACUUUGUCCAGAGCAACCCUACUUCAGCACAACAGAUGAGUUUUGCCGCUGGACCUUUCCACCUGCACGUCAUACCGGAGGAAGAUCAAACUCGGCGCCUGCUCGACAGUCUCGACCCGACCAGUGAUGUCCAGCCGCUUCUCCUCGCUUAUUGUCUUCCCGGAAGCGAGCUCGACCUGGCAAAUACCGUCUCCUGUAUGCGACAGGCCAUGAGCUUCUUGGAGGGUUACGACGGUUAUCCUUAUUCUUCCUUCAAAAUGGUCUUUGUCGAGGAUCCUUCGACACAGUCGUCCGUCUCGGCCUCUAUGGGGACUUUCUCGCAAGAACUGCUCUACCCUCCGGAAGUGGUGGAACAGGCUCUUAUCACUCGGCCUAUCCUCACACACGCUCUAGCAUCACAAUGGUCAGGUGUUCACAUGAUUCCCAGGAGCUUUUCCGAUAUCUGGCUUACGACUGGGCUGGCCCUGUACAUCAAUGCUCAGUUGACGAGACACUUGCUCGGCAACAACGAGUACCGGUUCAGGCUACGAUCGGACAUGGAUCGAUGCGUCGCCCUCGACCAGGGCGAUCAGUUUCCUCUACAUGUACCUGGACUCAUAUCCCCGCCGGAUGCAGAGACGUUACAGUUCAUCUCGCUCAAAGCACCGCUCGUCCUCCACAUGCUCGACAUGCGGAUGACGAGAUUGGCGACAUCUUCUGGUCUGGCGAGAAACGCGAUCCCGGACAUCUUUCGACAGGCUCGAGGUGGCACUCUACCUGAUCGCGCGUUGUCGACGGACAACUUUUUCAGGAUCUGUCGGAAGAUCAGCAAGAGCCUGGAUGUUCUCGCUUUUCAGGAACAAUGGGUGACGGGGAGCGGUUGUCCAAAGUUCAUCAUUGGCGCACAGUAUAACAAAAAGGGACAGUCCAUCACCGUCUCUGUCUUUCAAGGGGCAAGUCAGGCGUGGAACGCGGUUAAUCAGAAGGAGCCGCACAACGCCGACUGGAAAUGUCCGACGAAGCAUUUUUCGGGAGAGGUGACCUUAUGGGUCAACGAAGGCGACGGUGCACCUUACGAACAUGUCAUUGAGCUCGGCGACGAAGGAUUGACUCAUGAACUUGUCUUCACUCCGCAACAACGUCGAGCACACCGAUUGAGGAACGGGCACUAUCGGCAAGAAAAGGGCCUCCCUGUGCUCCAAACCGCGGACGAUUCGGCACAGAUGUCGGCGGGUCUGCAAGACGCGGCCAGGAUGGCGGAAGAAUGGCGUUUUUCGGGAUGGCAGGAACCGGACGCCGUCACCUUUGUGGAACAAGGUUUCGAUUGGAUUCGGUAUGACCCCGAAUGCGAAUGGCUCGCUUCGAUCGAAGUCCUCGCAGAAGUCAGCGCAGGGAACAGGUCAGGUUUGGCACCGGUGAUGCUGCCUUACUAUUGGGCUACGCAGCUCUCCAACGAUAGGGAUGUUAUUGCUCAGCGAGAGGCUAUUCUGAAUCUCGCUAGUAUGCCCAGCGGUGUGGCGGCCACAGCCCUAACGAAGAUUGCUCUCGACGAAACAUGCUUUUACAAAGUCAGGAUUCUAGCCAUCGAGAUGCUUCCGAGGAUGCUCACACCUAUCGAAGAGACCGGAGAGAAACUAGGCGUUUAUCACUUGAUCAAGAUCCUACAGACACGAUACUGUCACUUCGAUCAGGAGAUAAAGUCUUACCAGCUGCAAACCCCAUCGCAAGGCCAGAUAGCCCAUUACAUAAUUUCCCAGGCUCUGCUUCGAACGCUUUCGAUUUGGCCGUGGUCACCAGCUGUGCCUCGCGAGGUGGAGACAAGUGCAUGGCUGCGCGAUAUCUUGUCGACGGCGAUUGAGAAGGGCGACUCUGAAGAGAAUACUUUCUCCCAAUCCUAUUAUUUGGCUUCUCUGAUUGCGGACUUGGCCGCCCUGCAAAAACGCGUACCUUUCCACUUGCGUCAAUCACCGGAAUACCAGAGGGCCACGGCAUGCAUCGACCGAGCUAUGGCUCUUGAUAAAGUAUUGCCGUCAUAUGGCAAUGUAGUCACCAUCUCAGGUCUUCAGGCCAAAUUCGCUCUUGCGCUGACGGACAAACAAGUGAUGCCUGUGCAUCUGCCGUACUUCCUGACGUAUACAAGAAUCGGAAAUCUGCCGUCUGUUCGGCUCUUGGCUAUGGAUUGCGUCCUGACCUGUCAACUGCCGCCGCCCUGGCUUUAUAAGUACAUACGGCAAUUGCUCCGCAGGGAGCAGUCUUUGUCUUUCCGGCGUCAUCUGGCGGAAGGAGUAGCCAAUUCGUGGCUCAUGGCGCUGGCUUUGGGAGAGAUCGAAGGCCUUCAUCAGCCGCAAAGUCGAUACGUCGAGUCUGCUGCCGAAAGACAGGUCAGGGAACAGACGGAUAUAGAACAGGACAUCCCCGCUUGGCGUCGGACAUUGCAGAAAUCAUCGGAUACGGGUCGUUUCCUGAUGUCUCAGCUCAUUGAUGCCAAUGUCGACAACGAGCUGCGAGUGGCGUUGCUUCAGGCAGCCGAAACGUUGACGCCCGGUAGAAGAGAGGGUGCGGCGGCAAAGCUUAUCUUAAAGCUCGGAAGCCGACCGAAGAACACAUCGAGGACUAGUGCGAAAUCAUCGCUCGUUCCCGCACCAGUCGACCCAGUCAGUCAGGUACCGAAACGUAAGCCCAAAGGCAAGCAAUAUCGCAGCGGCCUGUCCGAAGAAGAUUUCAAGGCCGUCAAUAUCACCUUGGAGAAAUUGUUUGUGCAUCCACGAAGCGACUUUUUCCGCUAUCCUGUACCUGAUGACGAAAAUUUCGCGCCAGGAUAUUACAAGAUUAUCAAGAGACCGAUCGAUCUGUCUGCCAUCAAGCACAAGCUGUCCGACGGUCAAUACGAGAACCGACAUCAAUUCAAAGAAGAUCUGGACCUAAUCGUUCACAAUUGCAAAACCUACAAUGGAGAAGGAUCGCUCGUUUUCGAGGCUGCUGUCGAAUUCGAGAAGGUCUUUACUGGACAAUGGGCAAGGGUGGAAAAAACACUUUCAAAGAAAGCUCAGACGGGUCCCGAAACGGUGCCUCCCGCAACAACCGCGCUCAAGUUCAAUAUCAAACGGCCCUCUGUCCCGAACCUAACCGUUACUGCAAAUGAAGACGAAAUAAGAGACAGCAGCGCUAAGCCAUCUUUGAGCGUACGGACUAAAGACUAUGCGCACCCAGGUAGUGCAGACAAGCCGAGAUCUGCCAUGAAAGCGGGCAUCAAGCGUCAACGAGAGACACCGGCCGAGGAACCGAAAGAGAUCUUUACCGCACUCGCAAAUUCGCCGCCAGCGAAGAAGAAAGUCAAGAUCGUUAGACCGUCUGUCAGCAUACUGCCUAAGCUCAAGGUCACCCAACCCGAGCCUGAGCCCAGCGCAGCGGUCCAUAAGCCUGUCAUCACACUUAAACGCAAACUAGAAGCAGAACCGGAGCGGUCUGAAAGCAGACCCUCGCCGGGGGCUUCCAUGGAACCCGCACAGGCGAUGACGUCUGACGGGAUUGCGGGUCCAGACCGCGGCAACGUGAAGAGACUGACGGAGAUGGGCUGGACAAAGGACAGAACGCCUUUCAAGAGGGUCAGGGCGUUGCGGCUGAUCCGCGACUACAUGGACAAGUACAGGCUCUUGUUCGGCCCAAAACCAAACGAAGAGCUCGCUCCCGGUUACUUUGCCGAAAUCAAACGGCCUAUGUAUCUCGAGUUGAUGGAAGAGAAGGUUGCCAAAGACCAAUAUCAGACGUUGGGCGAAUUCGCAAUCGAUCUCGAGCAGAUCAUCUGGAACUGUCGAAAAUACAACGGAAUGGGUCCAGGGAUCGAAGAUCAAUAUGCAGCUCCUAUGGAAGCUCACUUGCUUGACAAAUGGCCUAAAUUGAUGAAGACGGAUGCGAUCACGGCGGAAGAGAGAAAGUUGAUUGACCAGUGGCUGACGAGCACCCUCAAGACGGAUGAGGGAAAAUGGUUUCAAUACCCAGUGGACCCCGUGGCAAUGAAUAUUCCCGACUACUUUAACAUCGUGAAACGUGAAGAAGCCCGAGAUCUCUCGAUGAUUAAGAGCAAACUCAAGAGCCUCGCUCCGUUGUCUUCAAUCGACAAGGACCUGAUCCUGAUGGUCGAUAAUGCCGUCAAGUAUAAUGGAAUUGAUAGCCCGGUCGGCAGGGUAGCCAAGACGAUCGAAGCUGAAUACGAAAAGAAGAGAAAACAGAUUUCCCCGUACGGUUCGGCACGGGAAUCGGUGGAGAACCGUGCCUCGAAAAGAGCUCGACACGAAUGAACAGAAAAUAUAACGACCUUGACGAUCUAUAACGACAAUCACGUACAUCUCUAGCAUUA